AUGUUAGUAUCAGGAGUUGGUUCUGAAAGCACCACCACCACCACUGUGACCACCACUGCCACCCCACAAACCUCAACAGCAUCCAGUACCAACCAGCCCUCUUCUACCACCAGUGGAGGUAUUACAGUGUUCACUACUCAUUCUUCCUCAACCACUAACCACUCCGCAGUGUCAGCAUCCACUAACUCCCAGUCUCCCCCAACCACCUCUGCAGUCUUCCACCACCACCCUCUCUUCAGUAGUUACCUCCACCACAACUGCAUCAGGAGGCACAGCAUCAACCACCAGCCAGUCCCCCACAUCCACACUAACAGGAACAGCAUCAACCACAAGCCAGUCCCCCACACUAACAGGCACAACAUCACCCACCAGCGAAUCCCCUACAUCCACACUAACAGGAACAGCAUCAACCACCAGCCAGUCCCCUACAUCCACACUAACAGGAACAGCAUCAACCGCCAGCCAGUCCCCCACACUAACAGGCACAACAUCACCCACCAGCGAAUCCCCUAUAUCCACACUAACAGAAGCAGCAUCAACCACCAACCAGUCCCCCGCAUCCACACUAACAGGAACAGCAUCAACCACCAGCCAGUCCCCCACAUCCACAGGCACAGCAUCAACCACCAACGAGUCCCCUACAUCCACCCUAACAGGAACAGUAUCACCCACCAGCCAGUCCCCUACAUCCACACUAACAGGAACAGCAUCAACCGCCAGCCAGUCCCCUACAUCCACACUAACAGGAACAGCAUCAACCGCCAGCCAGUCCCCUACAUCCACACUAACAGGAACAGCAUCAACCGCCAGCCAGUCCCCUACAUCCACACUAACAGGAACAGCAUCAACCGCCAGCCAGUCCCAUACAUCCACACUAACAGGCACAACAUCAACCACACUAACAGGAACAGCAUCACCCACGAGCCAGUCCCCUACAUCCACACUAACAGGAACAGCAUCACCCACCAGCCAGUCCCCUACAUCCACAGGCACAGCAUCAACCACCAGCGAGUCCCCUACAUCCACACUAACAGGAACAGCAUCACUCACCAGCGAGUCGCCUACAUCCACACUAACAGGAACAGCAUCAACCACCAGCCAGUCCCCUACAUCCACACUAACAGGAACAACAUCACCCACCAGCCAGUCCCCUACAUCCACACUAACAGGAACAGCAUCAACCGCCAGCCAGUCCCCUACAUCCACACUAACAGGAACAGCAUCAACCGCCAGCCAGUCCCCUACAUCCACACUAACAGAAACAGCAUCAACCGCCAGCCAGUCCCCUACAUCCACACUAACAGGAACAGCAUCAACCGCCAGCCAGUCCCCUACAUCCACACUAACAGGAACAGCGUCAACCGCCAGCCAGUCCCCUACAUCCACACUAACAGGAACAGCAUCAACCGCCAGCCAGUCCCCUACAUCCACACUAACAGGAACAGCAUCAACCACCAGCCAGUCCCCUACAUCCACACUAACAGGAACAACAUCAAUCGCCAGCCAGUCCCCUACAUCCACACUAACAGGAACAGCAUCAAUCGCCAGCCAGUCCCCUACAUCCACACUAACAGGAACAACAUCACUCACCAGCGAGUCCCCUACAUCCACACUAACAGGAACAGCAUCAAACGCCAGCCAGUCCCCUUCAUCCACACUAACAGGAACAGCAUCACCCACCAGCCAGUCUCCUGCAUCCACAGGAACAGCAUCAACCGCCAGCGAAUCCCCUACAUCCACAGGCACAGCAUCAACCACCAACCAGUCCCCUACAUCCACACUAACAGGAAUAGCAUCAACCACCAGCCAGUCUCCUACAUCCACACUGACAGGAACAGCAUCAACCGCCAGCCAGUCCCCCACACUAACAGGCACAACAUCACCCACCAGCGAAUCCCCUACAUCCUCACUAACAGGAACAGCAUCAACCACCAGCCAGUCCCCUACAUCCACACUAACAGGCACAACAUCAACCACCAGCCAGCCCCCCACAUCCACAGGCACAGCAUCAACCACCAGCGAGUCCCCUACAUCCACACUAACAGGAACAGCAUCAACCACCAGCGAGUCCCCUACAUCCACACUAACAGGAACAGCAUCACUCACCAGCGAGUCCCCUACAUCCACACUAACAGGAACAGCAUCAACCGCCAGCCAGUCCCCUACAUCCACACUAACAGGAACAACAUCACCCACCAGCCAGUCCCCUACAUCCACACUAACAGGAACAGCAUCAACCACACUAACAGGAACAGCAUCAACCAUCAGCCAGUCCCCCACAUCCACACUAACAGGAACAGCAUCAACCACCAGCCAGUCCCCUACAUCCACACUAACAGGCACAACAUCAACCACACUAACAGGAACAGCAUCAACCACCAGCCAGUCCCCUACAUCCACACUAACAGGCACAACAUCAACCACACUAACAGGAACAGCAUCAACCACACUAACAGGAACAGCAUCAACCACCAGCCAGUCCCCCACAUCCACACUAACAGGAACAGCAUCAACCACCAGCCAGUCCCCUACAUCCACACUAACAGGCACAACAUCAACCACACUAACAGGAACAGCAUCAACCGCCAGCCAGUCCCCCACAUCCACACAGACAAGAUCAACAUCACCCACCAGCCAGUCCCCUACAUCCACAGGCACAGCAUCAACCACCAGCGAGUCCCCUACAUCCACAGUAACAGGAACAGCAUCAACCACCAUCCAUUCACCUGCAUCCACACUAACAGUAACAGCAUCAACCACAAGCGAGUCCCCUACAUCCACACUAACAGGAACAGCAUCACCCACCAGCCAGUCCCCUACAUCCACACUAACAAGAACAGCAUCAACCACCAGCCAGUCCCCUACAUCCACACUAACAGGAACAGCAUCAACCACCAGCCAGUUCCCCACAUCCACAGGCACAACAUCAACCACCAGCGAGUCCCCCACAUCCACACUAACAGGAACAGCAUCAACCACCAGCCAGUCCCCUACAUCCACAGGCACAGCAUCAACCACCAGCGAGUCCCCUACAUCCACAGUAACAGGAACAGCAUCAACCACCAUCCAUUCACCUGCAUCCACACUAACAGUAACAGCAUCAACCACAAGCGAGUCCCCUACAUCCACACUAACAGGAACAGCAUCAUCCACCAGCCAGUCCCCUAUAUCCACACUAACAGAAACAGCAUCACCCACCAGCCAGUCCCCUACAUCCACACUAACAGAAACAGCAUCACCCACCAGCCAGUCCCCUACAUCCACACUAACAGGAACAGCAUCAACCACCAGCCAGUUCCCCACAUCCACAAGCACAACAUCACCCACCAGCGAGUCCCCCACAUCCACACUAACAGGAACAGCGUCAACCACCAGCCAGUCCCCCACAUCCACAUCAGCAGGCACAGCAUCAACCACCAGCCAGCCCCCUACAACUACACCUGCUUCCACAGGCGAUUUAUCCACCACAACGCAAUUACAUACAACCUCACCCACUUCCACAGUUGGUUCAAUGACCAUGACCGGCACCACCAUGACAACUACAACUUCAUCUUCCUCCAUGACUUUGGGCCCUGGUUCUUUUACCACAACAAAGAACACCAGUGACAUGACUGAGAAUGGAAACACUACCUCAAACAAUACUUCAAUGAACAUGACACAAUGCCCCUCAUUCAACUGCAACUACUCUGACUGCUAUUCAAUGUACAUCAGUCAGAACACCACUUCAUGUGCCGUCG